UUUAUCCUCUUAGACCUAUCCCAAUCCCACUCCUACAGUUUGAUCCUACAUUCCGCUUAUAGUACUUAUUUCUUCAGCGUACCUGUUAGUGGCACAAACUAAUUGCCGCUCGUCUACUUGCCCCGCUACCCAAAAUUGAUGACGGAGUAUUGCGAAACUACUAGACCAAGCUCUCUCCUCUCGAAGGUCCGAUAUCAAUUCAGAGUGGUGUGGUAUCGUCAAGAAGUUACUUUGCCGUUCUACAUGCUUGAAUCAUGGGAGCGCGGACUGGUUUAUCUUACGCUCAUAUCGAUCGCAAGCCUUCUAGGCUAUACUGUGCGAUCUUUCAUACUACCUGUUCUUAUCACUUGUGUUCGGACCAUUCUUCUUGAAAUGAAUAUGUCGACUGAGGCGACUAAGAUGUCAAUUUCUGAGCAUCCAGGAUGUGAAUAUGUCGAAGUCGUCAGAGAUGCGGCUGCGCUUUUGCAUUGUGAGCCUUGGGAACGUUUCGAGAACUCAUCCUUGUCCUGGGUCAUUUUCGACGUAUGAGAACCUAUUCCGACUUUAUCAAACGGCCUUCCUUCUUCGAGUACGUAAAACAGAUGCAGUUUUAAGGUUCUUUGGAGAUAAUUAGGACGCAGAACCCAAGACAAAAAUCAC